AACGAGGAAGUAUCAUUCAGGAUUCACUCGUCCAGAUAGAUUCUUCCAAAAGCUAACAAAAUGAAAUCAAUCUUCUUGGCUCUCGCCCUCAUCGGUGCUGCUUCAGCUGGUUACCUCGCCCCGGCUGGAUAUGCUGCUCCACUUCUGGGAGGUUAUGCUGCUCCAGCCAUCGCCACCGCUGCUCCACUUGCUUACUCAGCUCCAAUCAUCAACUCUGCCGCUUAUGCUGCCCCAGCUAUCGCCGCUGCUCCAGCUUAUGCCGCCGCUGCUCCAGCUUAUGCCGCCGCUGCUCCAUUAGCCUACUCAGCUUCCAUUGCCGCUCCAUUGGCCUAUUCAUCUUACGGAAGUUACGGAUAUGCUGGAUAUCCUUACGGUCUCUACAAGAAGAAGGCUGCUGCUUAAGCGUCUGAAAAAUAAUCGCAAUAAAGAAAUAACUUAAAACCAAUUUGAA